AACAUCACAACGCAUUCUCUCCCCCUUUCUCUAACCUCAUCGUCGAACCCCACAGAUACGCCCCGAUAUGGAAUUGAACCAGUAUACGAUGGAAGUUUAUAUGGCUACGUCCCGUAAAACCGACUUAGUGUUUAAAUGAAACUAUUGCGAAACAAAUCGAGAAAACGGUGUAGGCAGUACUGAAAACAAACGCAUUUUGGGCCAGCUAUUCAUCCAUGAACUGGCUAGCACCCAUAGAGUUCGUUCGUGCUCGGUGUGAGGCCGAGCGUGAAGUGUCUAUGUGAUUCGUGUUUGUGUUCGUAGUGCGACAAGCUGGACAAGAGUGGCGAUGGAAACCAUCACUGAGGAGGUGCUAUUCGUCAAAGCGGAAACCUUUUUUGAUCAGCUUCUCAACUGGAGCCUCGGUAUUGCGGCAGUGUUUCAGAUCCUCUGUUUGAUCUGUGUCGGCUUCGCGGCGUCCGGCUCCAGAAAUAAGGGUCGCAGCACCACUGUCCGACCACUGAAUUGCCGCUGCUGCUCGCGAUCGGCAACCAGACUAUCCGCAGCAACGCGAGGAGCCUCGGAAGAGGCCACGUCGAACGCUUCAGCAACAAACGUCAAUUCGACAACGAUUGCAAGCCGAGAUCAGCGUCGGACAAGCGCCACCAGUUCAAAUCAAGCCCGCCAUGGAAGGCAUCACCGAAGGCGAAACCGGUGAUGCUGCGAUAAACAUUUCCUCCCGGUGAUGCCUAAAAGCUUCAAUAUAUUUCUUUUAUCAGCAAUGGAAAGAGGAAUCCGAUUUGUCUGCUUUCGGUUCCUCCGGUUUUAAGCUAUUGGCGAGUUGCUCGUUUUUCUCAAUGGAUUCUGCCAACAAUACACUGUACAUUUACGACGAAAUCAUUCCAGUUGAUGUAACCAUAGAAAAAUAGUACUUUUUUUCCGUGUCAAUAUGUACCUGCAAUAAUAAUAACUAAGACGUAAUGCGGCUGAACGCGCUGCUACUGUUGCUAUAUUAGGCUUAGGUGGACAACGUCACGCUGCUGAGUGAAAAGUGCUAUGAUAAUUUUUAGCUAGGGAAAAGUAAUAGAGCAACUUAAUUUAAAUGUGUAUUAUGAAAGAAGCCGGUAACAGUGGCAACGGUCAAUGUGUGUGUAUGUGCAAGUGUCAAUGUCAGUGUUUUCGAAGAACUCUUACGUGUUUCUAUGUCCCGGCUUGAUGACAAGAGUACUAACAAAUACUUUAGACUAUCUUCAAAUAUUAAUAGAUUGAUAAUUGAUAGAUGUUUUUUUGUUCGGCGUUUUGCGGCACAUAGUUUAUCUAAGAGUAGUCUGCGUUAGGAUAGAAAAAUGAAGCAAAGAAUCUAUUUUAGAAGCGCUUCAAGGAACAGUAAACGCCAAAAUCGUUACGAUAGCCGACUUGAAAAUUAUUCUUAUGUUGAUUGUGUGUAUCUAUGUAAAUAUGUAUGUGUAAACUAAAGACCAAGAACCGUAGAGGCUCAGGAAAGUGCACGUAAUUCUCCUGAUCCUUAUCUAACUACCAAAUAUCUAAAAGCAGACAAUAGCAUAAGCGACCAUCAGUUCUGUAGAAAUCAGACCCAUCCUGGCGGUGGAUGCCUAUGCUCUUAAAUCUCACCUUGCUACCUUUAUUAUUAGGUGAUGACUAUUGAAAAAGGUUGAGCUGAAUUACUGUAAUUAUUCCCAUUCUAAGAGUAUUUGCUAUUAAAACGUGGUGAUAAUAUGAUGUACAUGUAAAUAUUUUUCUACGGCAAAUAGAAGUGAAACAAUGCACUCUUCGCUUGUAACCUCAAAUAAAUACACACUCAUACCGCAGAUAUACUAAAAGCCAUUGACAAUUUAGGGGAAGAUCAAUAUUGCAAUUAAUUACCAUAAUUGCAUUGAAUUUCUAUCGAUAAACGAAAGUGAAGAGUUUGAUCAUUGAAUAAAAUGACAAACCUUAUGUAAAAACGUAAUCUAUGUCUUGUGUCUCGGAAUGAACCUUAGAUUAUUUAGAUUGGGCUACUUUGUCGCCGGACGCCAUUCUGGGAUGAUGCAUGUACCAGUAAUAAAGAAAAUAAUGGACAGGGAGUUUAGACAUGGAUUGAUCGAGCAUAUACACAGUAGCGCGCUGACUGCGAGUUAAGGUUUUGAGAAAAAGUCAACUUAGGCACUUUUUAAUUAAUAUUAAUGAUUUUUGUUUGUUGUUGUGUAGUUCAAUAGUACUAUGUUAACGAUACUUGAAAAUCAGCUGCUGUUAUUUCCUAACAGCAAUUAAUAUAUGUACUCUUGAGAUCUUGUAUAUUUAUUUUACCUCUGUCCUGAUUUUAGAUAACCAGUUGCGAAACGACCCGUUCGAAUGCGGUACUUAAACUUAGGCUAUUGUCCUUAAAGUCUCCUUGUUGUUUAUUGGCCAUUAUUAGGAGAUCUAGCCCGGCUUCUAUAGGCAUUGUACCUUUGGCUGUUCAAGUCAAGAGUCUGCUCAAUGUAAGUGUUAGCUACGGUGAUACGUGCGUUUUUAUGCUUUUACGAUGAUAGAUAUCGAUGGCGACUAACAGAAUUCUUGCCUGAGAGCUCCGUUACACAAGGUUUCAUUUGACGUUUGUUGCCACCCUGUUUAAAUAUUGACCACAUCAACAUUGCAAUGCCUCUUUAUGUGGACAUGACAGAGUUUAAUAGUGAUAAAUCAUAAAAUCAUGGGUUUUUGUACCCUUUUAUUUGUCUAGUAUGAUUUGGUAUUAAUCGGGUUAGCAUGCUAUUCGUCUUAGCUAU